AUGUCCUGCAGAUCCUUCCAGCAGGGCUCCAGAUGUGGCGGUCGGAGCUUCAGCUCGUGCUCAGCUGUCCUCCCGCAGAUGGUCACCCACUAUGCAGUGAGCAUGGAACCAUGCCAGCCAGGGGGCAGCAGGGCCCCCCGGGUCCUGGGCUGCCUCCGCUCACGGAGCUUGUGCAACGUGAGCUGUGGGAGGCCCCGCGUUGCCUCCAGGUGUGUCCUUCCUAGCUUCGGAUACCGAGUGGGGAACACCUGUGGGCCUUCUGCCUGCAUCACCCCUGUCACCAUCAACGAGAGCCUACUGGUCCCACUGCAGUUGGAAAUUGAUCCGACCGUGCAGAGUGUGAAGUGGGACGAGAAGGAGCAGAUCAAGUGCCUCAAUAACCGCUUUGCAGCCUUCAUCAACAAGGUCCGGUUCCUGGAGCAGAAGAACAAGCUGCUGGAGACCAAGUGGAAGUUCAUGCAGCAGCAGAGGUGCUGCCAGAGGAACGUGGAGCCCAUCUUCGAGGCCUACAUCUGCACCCUCCGGAGGCAGCUGGACUGCGUGGCCGGGGACCGGGCCAGGCUGGAGGCGGAGCUCUGCAGCCUGCAGGACACCCUGGAGGGCUACAAGGGGAAAUACGAAGAGGAGCUGUCCCUGCGGCCCUGUGCGGAAAAUGACUUUGUUACCUUAAAGAAGGAUGUGGACACAGCCUUCCUGAUGAAGGCGGACCUGGAGACCAACGUGGAGGCUCUGGUCCAGGAGAUCGACUUCCUGAAAGGCCUGUAUGAGGAGGAGAUCUGCCUGCUCCAGUCUCAGAUCUCAGAAACCUCGGUCGUUGUGAAGAUGGACAACAGCCGGGUGCUGGACGUGAAUGACAUCAUUGCCGAGAUCAAGGCCCAGUAUGACGACAUCGCCAGCCGCAGCAAAGCUGAAGCGGAGGCCUGGUACCAGUGCCGGUAUGAGGAGCUACGACUGACCUCCGGGAACCACAGUGACAGCCUCCGUAACCGCAAGAAUGAGAUCCUGGAAAUGAACAAGCUGAUCCAGCGGCUGCAGCAAGAGAUUGAGAAUGUCAAAGCACAGCGCUGCAAGCUGGAGGCCGCAGUGACCCAGGCGGAGCAGCAGGGCGAGGAGGCCCUCAACGAUGCCAAGUGCAAGCUGGCCGGGCUGGAGGAGGCCCUGCAGAAGGCCAAGCAGGACAUGGCCUGCCUGCUCAAGGAGUACCAGGAGGUGAUGAACUCCAAGCUGGGCCUGGACAUCGAGAUCGCCACCUACAGGCGCCUGCUGGAGGGCGAGGAGCACAGGCUGUGUGAAGGCACUGGGCCCGUGAAUAUCUCCGUGAGCAGCUCAAAAGGUGCUGUCUUGUACGAACCAUGUGUGGUCAACAUGCCCGUGAUGAGGACCGAAUACUGCCCAGGGGGCACCAGUGCCCUCAAGAGCAAUGGGGUCUGCAGUGUGGUGGGCACCAGUGAACUCUACAUCCCCUGUGAGCCCCAGGGGCUCCUGGGCUGCUCGAGCGGCCGCUCCGGCAUGAGGCUGGGGGCUGGGGGCGGCUCCUCCUGCCACUAG